AUGUCAAUCCCAGCGGCCAGCCCGGAGCUGGAGCAAUCCGUCCGCCAACUCUCCCUCAACGACAAUGCCCCCAUCAAAGACAUCCCCCGCCCAACAGUGAAGACACCUACCACCAAAAAGAAGGCCCCUGUCGUCGCAGACUCCUGGGAAGACGAAGCAGAUUCCGACCCCUCCCUGUCCGAGAUCGAGCAAAGCCGCUCGUCGUCUGCAGCUACACCUGACCUCUCAACACUCUCGCCCUCCAUCAGUGCCAGCGCAGAGGGGCCGCUCGAUCCUCCCCCGACACCCAUCUCACCGCAGACGUCCCAGCCCUGGGUGUCGAGCGCGCCCUUACCGGGCCGUGGCUUGAGCUCGUCCCCGCCGCGAGGGUCAGGGUCUAGGUCGCCGGCAAGGAGGCCGGAGAAGCAGACUGCUGUUGCGGGGAGGCUGAUUGCGGGCGCGUUGGGUGUCCGCGCCCCAAAGAGGACGGAGGAGCAGCGGGCGUAUGAUCGGGCGAUAAAAGAACAGGAGAUUCGGCGGCGAAAUCGGGAAAGGGAGGAAGAGGCGAAGAGAAAAGAGGAGGAGGAGAAGGCGAAGGCUGCUGUUUGGGAUGAAUGA